AUGAUCAAUAAAGAGUCACAAUCUUCAGACCACCUUACAACAGCCUCACGCAGAGGGGUGAGGAUGGCAAAAGUGGCAAUAGCUUUGGCCGCCGCCUUUAUGCUGGCCAGCAUAGCAGUCAUCAUAUCUAUAGCAGUUGUACAAAAUCAUAAGAAGACUUACAUAUCCCGUGGAUUAAAGUAUGGUAUUGUUUUGGAUGCAGGCUCCUCCAGGACCACUGUGUAUCUCUAUGAGUGGCCUGCCGAGAAAGAAAACAACACCGGGGUUGUGAGUGAGACCACAAAGUGUGAGGUUGAAGGCCCUGGAAUUUCAGAUCUUGGUAAAAAUGGGGAUCAGGAUGAAAAGACAUUGAAAAGUUUAAAAGAUUGCAUAGAAAAGAUAACUGAGGUCAUUCCUUCCCAUCGGCAUAACUCAACCCCAGUCUUCCUUGGGGCAACAGCAGGGAUGAGGCUUCUACACUGGGCUAGUCUGAAGCACCCCUGUUAUCCUUCUGGCUACAAUAUAUCCAUGCUUGCAGAGGAGGUUUUUGGCAGUGAAUGUACAAAGAAUGAUCUUCCAACGAAGUAUAGCCCAAAGCGAUAUAUUACUUUCUUUGGACAGAGUAACCCUGAACAUUGCAAAUUCUUGCUCAGGAGUAUCUUUGACCUGACAUCCUGCCAGGGAACUGAAAACUGUUCAUUUGAUGGAGUUUAUCAACCACCACUCAGUGGAGACUUCAUGGCUUAUGCAGGCUUCUACUGGACUGCCUGGGCUCUUAAAGUGGAGGGCUCCAAAAGUAUGGAGACAUUCAACACAAACAUGAAACUGUUAUGCUCCAAGGACUGGAAAACUCUCAAGACAUCCAUCAAAGACAUCAAAGACAUCCAUCUGAAGUCCUACUGCUAUUCUGCAAAUUAUGUGCACAGCAUUCUUGCAGAUGGUUACAAGUUCAACACAGACAACUGGAAAAAUCUAAAUUUUCAGAAAGAGGUAAAUAAGACCAGUAUAGCCUGGUCCCUAGGCUACAUGCUUGCACUUUCCAACAUGAUCCCAGCCGAAGGGAAAAUCAUCAAGCUACCCAUAAACAACGUCCUCUUCACUGGGCUCCUCCUGCUGUUCUCUGCUUUGACAAUUAUCACCCUCACGUACCUCGUCAUUGCGCUGGUGCGCUUUUGUUAUUGA